AUGGGUCGUCUAAGAGUAAAAGGGAAGGCUGGCGCUGCAAAGAACUAUACUACGAGGAGUGCUGCUGUCAAAAAGCUUCAGUGCUCUCUCGCUGAUUUCCGUCGUCUAUGUAUUUUGAAGGGAAUAUUCCCUCGAGAGCCACGUAGCAGAAAAAAGGCCAAUAAAGGGUCGUCGGCACCCACAUCAUUUUAUUACACGAAAGAUAUUGCAUACCUUGCCCAUGAACCUAUUCUGAAGAAACUGCGAGAACAUAAAGCUUUUGCCAAGAAGCUUUCCCGUGCAUUAGGUCGGGGAGAAUGGAGCAGCGCCAAAAGUUUGGAGGAAAACAAACCUGUCUAUCGUCUCGAUCACAUUAUUAAAGAGCGUUAUCCCACAUUCAUUGAUGCAAUUCGAGAUAUCGAUGAUGCUUUGUGCAUGGUCUUCCUAUUCGCCUCUCUUCCAUCGAAUUCCCGCCUUCCUUCCGAACUAGUAGAAAACUGCGCAAGACUAUCCGCCGAGUGGCAGCUAUAUGUUAUGCACUCUAAGUCUCUUCGCAAAGUCUUUUUAUCCAUCAAAGGCGUAUAUUAUCAAGCAGAAAUUAUGGAUCAGACUGUUACGUGGCUGGUCCCUUAUUUAUUCACACAGAAUGUCCCUGCCGAUGUAGACAUCCGUGUCAUGCUUACAUUCUUGGAAUUAUACCAAACGCUCUUGGGUUUCGUCUUUUUCAAGCUCUAUACUGAUGCCGGCUUGGUGUAUCCUCCUCCAUUGGAUGUCAAAAAAGAGGAACAAGGUGCUGGUGUCAAUGCUUUUGAUCUUCAGGACAGCUCACGGCAACCUGCCAACAAACCAAUCAAAGUAGCUGAGGUUGACGGUCGUAAAAUCACAAGUAAAGUGGUGCGACAGACUAUCAAAGCCAUUACAUCUGGUGACAGUGAAGACGUCGCUGGCUUGAACUUAUCAAAUCCGGAAUCGACAGAAGCAGAUAUGGAAGAAGAAGAAUUUGUCCAACAAAGCUCAAAAACCCAAAAAACGACCACGGUCAUUCUUCCUACACUCCAAACGCUUUCUAAUUUGCCGCAAACACUAUCAACAAGUCUUUUUUCUUCCUACACCUUUUUUCUUUCCCGAGAAACGCCGCGUUCUAUCUUUGAGUUCAUCGUUCGCUCUUUCGGUGGCCGCAUUGGCUGGCCUUCAUCAUCCGGGAGCGGUUCUCCAUUUGAUGAGACCGACCCCACCAUUACUCAUGUCAUCAUUGAUCGACCUGUUGUAGAAAAACAGGAAACUCCAGAACAACGUGAACUCCGUUUGCGGCGGAAGUUUGUCCAGCCUCAGUGGAUUGUAGACUGCAUAAAUGCCGGCAAGAUCCUGCUCGAAGAUCCUUAUGCCCAAGGCAAAUCAUUACCUCCCCAUCUCAGUCCAUUUGGCGAAUACGAAGGGGCCUAUAUCCCAGCUGUCGAGGCUGCAGAUGAGGAGACAAUGCAAGACGAGGAGGAGGAAGGCGACGGUGAAGAAAUGGAUGUCGAUGACGAAGGCAAUGGUGUUCGUGGUGUCCUGGAUGUUGUCGCAGCAGCCGCGAGUGAGGAAACGUCAUUGAGAGCGGCCGAACUCGCCGCGGAAGCUGCGGGCGUUGACUUCGGUACUUUUGAAGCUACAGUCAAGCGAGCCCACAAGAAGCAGGUCAAAAAGUCGACGACCGACGCAUUGGAAGAAGCAGAGCAGGAUAUGAACAAGAUGAUGAUGAGUAACAAACAGAGGAAACUCUACGAGAAGAUGAAGUACAGCAAUCAAAAAAAGGAGGCCGAGCGAAUGCAUUUGGAGAGCAAGAGAAAGGAGCUUACGAAACAGAAACGCAAAGAUAGGCAUGCCUAA